UCUGGUUGGUCCUGUUUAUAGGGAGGGGAUAUGGUAAGGUGUAGUGGUGGCAGAGAUAUUUGAGGCUGAGUUAUUAAGACAACUACCCCAGUCAACAUCUGAUUACUAUCACAGCGACACACAACAUACUGACAGCAAGAUGGUAAGCGAGGUAGCAUGGUGGUUCCGAAGCUUGCUUCUGUUCAUCCUUUUCUUCGUGGCUGUACCAUCUACAGUCCAACAAGGAGAGGAUGUGGCAUGUGAGACUCUACCAUCUGAAAUACAUAUCAUCAAAGAGGAAUUUGAUGACCUUGGACGUCUGCAACGAACAUGUAGCAGUGAAGUGAGUGUCAAUAAGUGUGAAGGUGCAUGCACUUCACAGGUGCAGCCCAGUGUGAUAACUCCUACAGGAUUUCUCAAGGAAUGUUACUGUUGUCGUGAGAGUUUCCUGCGAGAGCGUAUCAUCUCACUGACUCACUGUUAUGAUCCUGAUGGCAUCAGGCUCACUCAAGAGGGGCAGGCAUCCCUUGAUGUCAAGAUCAGAGAACCAGCUGACUGUAAAUGUUUCAAGUGUGGUGACUUCUCACGCUGAUUUUUAAUAUAAUGACUGAUCUGCCAGAACAAUGGCAAUUUAUGUAAUCAGCAAUGACCCUUAUUUUGUUAAAUUUAGGAGAUGCAAUGGCUACAUUUAGAAUUUAAAUUGAAGAUUAGAUUAAACAACUAGAAUCUUUCAAAAGAUAUGUGAUUAUUUUUAUUGAUACAAAAGCUGCUAAAAUUAAAUGCUAAUUUAUGUUUACCACAUUUAUAGUGCAAAUACCAUUAGAAUUUGAAAACAAUAUUAUAGGAAAUUAUAGUUAUAAUUUUUUGUACAUUUAUUUAAUUAAUCUGUCAUACAACAAGCCCUAAUAUUAAAAUGAAUUUUAUUAAAAGUUUCAUAUGUGUAUAAAUUCAAGCUUAAUAGUAUUUUUAUGUCUUUCUGUGUUGUUAAUGAAACAUCCAUGAAUGCAAUUUAGCAACUGCCUGAUUAAAAUUUGUUAAAAUGUAAAGUCUUUGAAAAUGUAAUUCUAAAUUCCUGGUUUAAAGUUUGUUACAUACACAAAUCAAAACACUUUUAUAAAGCACUACAAUCUCCUUCUAUUCUGGAAGAUAAAUAUAAGUACCAAACACCAUGUAAAUAAGAGCAAGUAUUAAGGCAUAACAGCAUAAUACAUCAUAGCUUACUUUGAUACCAAAGAAGGCACCAAAGUCUUACAAAAUUCUCUUCACAAAGUGUAUUAUGUUAGCUUAUGCUGUUUAAUAUUUUAAACUUCAAUUCAUGAUUCAGUUUGUUUUCUCUUCAGAGUGAACACAAUAAAUGCUAUUUCAAAAUG